AUGGACGCUGAGCAGUGGAAAAAUGUUGCCGCCUUUGUUACCUACACGCUACAAGAAGAGCUCUCAAUCAGACGUUCACUCUCGGCACCUCGCCGGUUCUUGGAUGGUCCCGAAGACGGUCAAGGUUGCCGAGUAUUGGAGAUUGCCAUCCCACUACCUCAGAAGAACCCAUCGCCCACGCUAUUGGAAUGUUCCGCAAUCACCAGAACUGCUUCGAUUGUCAGUCUAUGCCAACGUCACAACAUUGAGGUCGUGUUGCAACCUCAAGCCUUGUACGUGGCUCACAGAACACCGGGCCUUGCUGUGUUCGACAUGGACAGUACUUUGAUACAGCAGGAGGUCAUUGAUGAGCUGGCUCGCGCUGUGGGUCGUUAUGCUCAAGUCUCCGCCAUCACCGAAGCAGCUAUGCGCGGAGAGGCUCCGUACACUGAUUUUGAGGCAUCUUUACGCGCUCGUGUCGGUUAUCUUGCCGGUGUACAUAUCAACAUCUGGCAACAGCUCCGCGCUGGCGUCAUCUCAUUUACUCCGGGAGCUCGUGAGUUGAUACGCGUGCUUCGCAAACUUGGCUGGAAGACUGCUGUGUUGAGUGGUGGGUUCACGCCUCUGGCUGAAUGGGUACGACAAGAAUUGGGCUUGGAUUACUGCUAUGCCAAUCACCUCGUCGAGAUGGAUGGUCAAUUGACAGGCGAGCUGGUAGAGGGUAUGCCUAUUAUUCACGCCGAAAAGAAACGUGAAUUGCUUUCUUCUAUCGCUGAGAAGGAGGGCAUUCCUUUGGAAAAUGUGAUCGCUGUUGGCGAUGGCAGCAAUGAUCUCCUGAUGAUGCAUCAAGCCGGUCUUGGAAUUGCUUUCAACGCAAAGCCAAAGGUCCAACUGCAAGCCCCUACCAAAAUCAACGGCAGUAGUUUGUUGGACGUUGCUUACAUCCUCGGCUGUACUGUCGAGGAGGUGACUGAGAUUCUGCGCCAGGAGAUGGUGUUGGAGGGCGGUCAGUACGUGCUCAAGAAGCUUGUCUGA